UUAGCUGAAGCACUAAAGAUUUAUUCUCGAUUGCGACUCGUAACAACUUGCAGGGACCAUAUAAAUUGUUCGAUAGUGGUCGAAAGGCGUGGGCCCCACCUGUACGGCCAAUCUGGGACUGUGAUACUUUUGUUCCAGCCAGCAGAGGAAGCUGGGAAUGGUGCAAAGAGAAUGAUAAAAGAUGGUGCUCUCGAGAAAGUCGAGGCAAUAUUUGGGCUGCACGUAUCCCAUCUCCUUCCGACAGGUGUCAUAGGGUCGAGGCCCGGCCCACUUCUCGCGGGCUGUGGGUUCUUCAAGGCUGUGAUAACGGGCUGCAGGCCCAUUCUAGCUGCCUCCGCUUCUGUGAUCAGCUUGCAGGGGAUCGUUUCGCGUGAAUCUAAUCCCUUGGAAUCUCAGGUGGUCUCGGUUACUUUCUUGAACAGUGAAGAUGAUGAUAAUGAUGAUGGGUUUGACGUGAGAUCGAAGGUCGAGUUUGGUGGCACGAUAAGGGCAUUUUCGAACACGAGCUUCAAUCUACUUCUCAAAAGGAUUGAAGAGGUGAUCGUAGCCCAGGUGAAGGUCUACAAAUGUUCGGCUUCGGUUGACUUCUUCAAGAACUCGGACACAAUCUACCCUCCAUUGGUCAACGAUGACCGGAUGUACCGUCACGUGAGGCAAUCGGCCGUCGACCUUGUGGGGCCCACGGGCUUUCGGGCUGUCCAGCCCGUUAUGGGGUCAGAGGACUUCUCGUUUUACUCGGAGGCUGUCCCCUCGGCUUUUUCCUUCAUCGGUAUAAAAAACGAGACCUUAGGCUCGGUUCACUCGCCCCACUCCCCACAUUUCUCGAUUGACGAAAAUGCCCUUCCAGUGGGGGCAGCCGUCCACGCAGCCAUAGCCGAGAGGUACCUAAACGAGCGUGAAGCAAUCCUAGUGUCGAGUGACGGGCUUCGUGAAGAAGGAUGAAGAACUUGUGUUUUGCUUAUGUUUUUGAUUUUUUUUUUUUUUUUUUU